GAUAGUCCUCUUUUGUCCUAUGGCAGCUGUAAAGCAUUGGUGACAGAAGCUUUUCCCUGACAUCUUUCCGCAUGAUAAUAACUUGUUUUUGUUGGGGAAGAAGAGACUCCGAUUGAGGAUUAAGAGAGAUUUAGAAGGCUGAGCUGAUGUCUCUUAAUGCCAUCAUGUCCAGGCCAUCCCUUAUCACAUUUACACCAGCCACAGAUCCCAGUGACCUAUGGAAGGAUGGACAGCAGCAGCCACAACCUGAAGAGCCAGAACCCAUUCUAGAUGGGGCUGCAGCCCGGGCUUUCUAUGAGGCCCUGAUUGCAGAUGAGAGCAGUGUCCAUGAGCCUCAGAGAUCUCAGCCUGAACUUGCCCAAGGAAGAAAGAAGAAGAAAAGAAGAACAAUGAGGGAGGCUGCAGCAGAAGCCAUGGCCACAGGAGUAUCAGGAAGACAAGAACAAGAGAGAUCCACUGAAGCUGAAGACAAGAUGACCCAGAGGAUACUGAAGGCAGCCCAGGAGGGGAACCUGGCAGAACUUCAAAAGCUGUUGGAGCCUCAGGAGGCAGGAGGAGCUGGAGGGAAUAUCAAUACUCGCGACGCCUUCUGGUGGACUCCCCUGAUGUGUGCUGCCCGAGCAGGCCAGGGGGCUGCUGUGCGCUAUCUACUUGGCCGAGGGGCUGCCUGGGUAGGGGUCUGUGAGCUGGGUGGCAGGGAUGCUGCUCAGCUGGCUGAAGAAGCAGGCUUCCCUGGAGUGGCCCACAUGAUCAGAGAGAGCCAUGGAGAGACUAGAAGCCCAGAGAAUCGGUCUCCCCUGCCCUCCCCACAGUUCUGCGAGACUUGUGGUGCCCACUUUGAAGACUCCAAUCAUCGUUCAUCCACUGCUCACCUGCUCUUGCUAUCCAGGGGUCCCCGUCCUCCCAAACUUCCCCUUGGUGUUCCCACCUCCAGCCCUGGUUUCAAGUUGUUGCUGAAGGGAGGCUGGGAGCCAGGAAUGGGAUUGGGACCUCGGGGUGAAGGCCGGGCCAACCCCAUCCCUACUGUCCUCAAGAGGGAUCAAGAAGGAUUGGGUUACAGUUCAGCACUUCAGCCUCGAAUCACACACUUCCCGGCCAGGGAUACCCGGGCUGUGUGUGGGAAAGAAAGAGCCCCUCGAGUGGCCACACUGAGCCGGAGGGAGAACAGAAGGCAGGAGGAGAAGGACAGGGCCUGGGAGCGGAAUCUAAGGACGUAUAUGAACCUUGAUUUCUGACUUGGCUUAUGUCUGACCAUAGUCUAGGUUCUAAAGUCUGAACUUGGACCUCUGAUUGGGCAUUUUGACUUUGACCACAUGGGAUCUGCCCAGGUACGAAACUUUCAGGUUUUGAUCUUCUGGUAGAGGGGCUGAGAGUAGAGAAAUAAAUCAAACCUUCUCCUUUUGUGUCACAUUUA